GUUUCUUCUACUUGUUCUCGAGUAUAUUAACACCGGGUAUGCUGCUUUAAUGACCUGUUGCAUCGAUAUCGCACAAAAGAAGAAAUAAACGCUCACCGUGUCUCAAUACUUCCAUUAAAAGGGGUGAUUAAAGUGACAAAUACACAUACCUUGUUUGUUAUAUAAAUUUGUGCUGACAGCAUCAGGAGUAGUUUCGCGGAGGAGGACUUCGCGCACUUCGCUCCGGCAGAAAGCUUGUCCUUGAGGAUGUGUACAACCUCGAGCCUUCACUCACAUGAGGACAGCGUGAUACUGCCGCCCAUCCCCUCGAACGACGACACGAGCGCGGAUCCUGAGGUGUGGGAUGUCAUCAUUGUGGGAGGCGGCGUAGCGGGCUCGGCCCUAGCAUACGCACAAGCCAAGGACGGUCGGCGUGUGCUGCUGCUGGAGCGCGACUUGUCCCAGCCUGACCGCAUUGUGGGCGAGCUGCUGCAGCCGGGCGGCUACCUGCAGCUCAAGAAGCUGGGGCUGGAGGGCUGCGUGGAGGGCAUUGACGCAAUCAAGGUGUACGGCUACGCGCUGUUCAAGGGCGGGCAGCAGGCGGUGGUGCGCUACCCCAUGGAGGGCUACAGCGCGGACGUGGCGGGCCGCAGCUUCCAUCACGGUCGCUUCAUCCAAAAGCUGCGGGGCGCGGCGGCCAGCUGCCCAUCCGUGACCGUGCGGCAGGCACUGGUCAAGAAGCUGGUCAACGACAAGGGCGGCGAGUGGCAGGAGGGUGAGGUGGUGACGGGGGUGGUGUAUCGCCACUUGCCGGCCGGCACCGGCCCCGAGUCCGCCCCCGUGGAGCGCUCCGCGCGCGCGCACCUGACGCUGGUGUGCGACGGCAUGUAUUCCAACCUGCGCAAACACCUAUCCACGCCCAAGAUCGCGCACCCCAGCUUCUUCGUGGGGCUGCGCCUGACCGGCUGCACCCUGCCGGUGCCAGGCCACGGCCACGUGGUGCUUGCGCGCCCCUCGCCCAUCCUGUUCUACCCCAUCUCCUCCACCGAGGUCAGGUGCCUGGUGGACGUGCCCGGCGAGAAGCUGCCCGGCGACCUGCCCGCCUACCUGCGCGCCACCGUGGCGCCCCAGCUGCCCGACGUGCUGCGCCCUGCCUUCCUGGAGGCUCUGGAGCGUCCUGAGGCCAUCCGCUCCAUGCAGAACAAACUGAUGCCUGCCAAGCCGCUACACCAGCCUGGCGCGCUACUGCUGGGCGACGCCUUUAACAUGCGGCACCCGCUGACGGGCGGCGGCAUGACCGUGGCGCUGUCCGACUGCUCGCUGCUGGUGGACAUGCUGCGGCCGCUGCCCUCGCUGGCGGACGCGUUCGGCACGGCGCAGCAGACGGCGGACUUUUACACGCGCCGCAAGCCACUCAGCGCCACCAUUAACACGCUGGCCAAUGCGCUGUACAAGGUCUUCUGCUACACGGGCGAUGCGGCGCAGGAGGAGAUGCGGCAGGCGUGUUUCGACUACCUUGCGCUGGGCGGCAUCUGCGCCGCCGGGCCCAUCAGCCUGUUGUCGGGCCUCAACCCGCGGCCGUCUGUGCUGGUGCAGCACUUCUUCAUGGUGGCACUUUUCGGCGUGGGCCGCCUGCUGCUGCCGCGCCCGUCCCUGCGCGGCCUGUACAUGGCGCUGGCCCUGCUGGCGGUGGCCUGCCGCAUCAUCUUCCCCAUCAUCUGGGCCGAGGGCGUGCGCGCCGUGUUCUUCCCCGCGCUGGCACCCAAGCCUGUGGUGUCCGCAACGGCUGGCAAUGGCGGCCGGCGUUCUAGCAGCGUGGGCGUGCUGGCCUCGUCCUAGAGUGUGCUGGACAAGGGAUGUGGGCUUUGAGUAUGUUGCCCCAGGCAGCCCGUCCUCCCGCCUUGCCGCAAGUUGAGGGGCUGCCCUUGUUGAUACGGUACCAAAAUUUGCUCUGUAUGGGCGAUGUUACGAGGUGGCGUUGUCGUCGAGCGUGUUGCAGCAGGCGGAGGUUGUGCGAUGGGACAGUGGUAAGGCAGGUUGGUAAAGUCCCGUAGAGUGCAGCUAAUUCCCAGAACCCAACAGAUGGCAAACAAUUGGCAGAGGCAGGGCAAGAGUGCGCGGCUAGUCGAACGCCGGAGUUACUGUACCGACGAGUUGCUGGCUGGCUGGAAGUUUGCUGACGCGCAUUCCUCACGCUCCGGGCGCCCGGCCAGGCGAUAGCACCACACAGACACACCGCAACGCCACACUCGCGAGGCAGAGCCGCAUCGCACCUGCAGGAAGGUGACCAGCGUCCACGGAUAAGCACCAGAGGCAACCGCAGAGAAAAUGCAAACGGAAUGCAGCAAAGCAAUGGCCGGGCGACAGUGUGGCAAGCAGGGCCAAGGAAGAAGAGGGCGCCCGAAUGUACGGAUGAGUGGCGGGCGAGUCGAAUGCACUUGAGAGACGAACACAACCGGAGUGUGAGGAAGCGCCGCGGUUUUGAAUAGGGAAUGCCGCGGCUGAAGUUCGGGUAGAGCUGUGUCGCGCGCCCUAAGGUAGGACCGAGUGCGGGUUAGCGAAAAAGUUUGCUGGCGUCGCACGCUGGAGCUGGAGCUGUCGCUGGAGUGUGAACACUGCAGGCAGAUAGAUAUGAAAUGUGAGGUACAGGAGUAAGUUAGCUGUCAGGAGAGGCGGGGACGGCGGGCACAGCUGGCGAGUGAAACUGGCACGAUCAGUAGCAGCUGCCUGGUCGGUAGGUGGUGCGCACGGUUACGGGGGGCUCGGGGCUGGAUACGGGGCAUUGCUUUCACCGCCGCUCAUGCCCAGCGCCGCAGCAGGGAACGCCGGGGAAACGCCUCGUGCCCUGGGCUGGAUGUGGGGUUCAGCUCUCAGGCACACGCACCGCCGCUCACGCCCAACGCCUUAUCAGGGACAGCCGGGGGAACGCCUUGUGCCCUGGGCUGGAUACGGGGUAAAGCUCUCAG